AUGUCCAUCAACAAUGACGCCGUACUUGGUGAGAACGAUAGACAAGUGGUGAGCUAUUUCACCCCGAAGCACACGCUGCCUCAAAUUUCUUGCCACAAUUGUGGCCAGCCCAUGGAAUCGAAUGGGUUGUCUCUGUGCAACGAAUGCAUUGCUUUGACGGUAGAUGUCACCAAGGAUCUGGUAAAGACUGGAUCUAUUGUGUUUUGUAAAAACUGUGGCCGAGUUCAAGUGCCACCCAACGGCUGGAUGUAUGCCGAACGUGAAACCCGGGAACUAAUGUCGGUCUGUCUUCGAAAGUUGAAGCUUUCAGAUAGUCAGGCCAAAUUAGUUGAUGCGAGGUUUAUUUGGACUGAGCCGCAUUCCAGAAGAACUAAAAUCAAGGUCACUGUUCAAGGUGAAGCAGCAGAGUACAAUAAUUUGAUUAUCCAGCAGUCCUAUGAAGCAGAAUUCCAUGAACAUACAAAUCAAUGUCCGGAUUGUGCAAAGUCAUAUACAGCGAAUACUUGGCAGGCCAGUGUUCAGAUUCGUCAACGGGUUGACCACAAGAAGACAUUUUUGUAUUUGGAACAGCUUAUUUUGAAGAAUAGGGCGCACAAGGAUACGAUGUCGAUUGAGGAGAGCCGAGAAGGAAUUGACUUCUUUUAUGGCUCCAAGACUGAUGCGGUCCGUAUGCUCGAUUUUUUGUCCACUGUCGUUCCUAUGAAAUACAAGCGUAGCGAGCAGUUCAUCUCCGAAGACACACACACAGGGUCCAAGUCUUACAAAUUCACAUACUCCGUUGAGAUAGCUCCUAUUUGCCGGGAGGACUUGGUUGUUUUGCCUAAACAGGUUGCUAAACAACAUGGAAAUAUGCCGUUGUUGGUUCUAUGCUAUAAAGUGAGCAAGUCGUUGUAUUUUAUUGACCCCAAUACGCUUCAGAAAACGAUUAUCCCUGCUUCAGACUAUUGGAAACGCCCCUUCAAUUCUAUUGCGAACAGUCGAAAACUUACGGAAUAUAUUGUCAUGGAUAUUGAGCUUACUGGUCAAACCGAGGGAAAGUUUGCACUGGCCGAUAUUACUGUUAUGAGGGCAUCAGAUUUGGGGGUUAGUGAUACAACCUUUUACCUUCGCACCCACUUGGGUGCUAUCUUACAUGAUGGCGACAGCGUAAUGGGAUAUGAUUUGACUUCAGCAAACUAUAACGACGAUUUAUGGGAUCAGCUGAAACCUGAAGAGAUCCCAGAUAUAAUCUUGGUGAAAAAGGUGUAUCCAGACAAGCCCAAAAAAUCGAAGCGUCGUCUUAUGCGUAUGGCUAAAGAGUACAAUGCCGAAGCAGAUAUCAAACAGGCUACACCUGGUUACAGCCAGGACUAUGAGGAGUUUCUGGCAGAACUGGAGCAGGACGAAGAGCUUAACGAAGAGCUUCAUUUUGACCCUGAAGAAGCCGAAAACGACUUGGCCAUUGAUGUUUCCCAGCUGGAUUUGGAUGAAGAAGAUGAUGAGUAG